GCAAACUUUUCCGCCGGCUCCGCGUCCGCCGCUCCCCGCGCCUCGUGUCCUUUCCGCUCCUCGCCCGGCGGCCGCCGCUGCCCGCGAUGGUGGCAGCGCUGCUGGGCGGCGGCGGCGGGGCCCGCGGGGGGACCGUGCCGGGCGCCUGGCUGUGCCUGAUGGCGCUGCUGCAGCUGCUGGGCUCGGCGCCGCGGGGCUCCGGGCUGGCGCACGGCCGCCGCCUCAUCUGCUGGCAGGCGCUGCUGCAGUGCCAGGGGGAGCCGGAGUGCAGCUACGCCUACAACCAGUACGCCGAGGCGUGCGCGCCGGUGUUGGCGCAGCGCAGCGGGGGCGACGCGCCGGGGGCCGCCGCCGCUGCCGCCGCCUUCCCGGCCUCGGCCGCGUCCUUCUCGUCGCGCUGGCGCUGCCCGAGCCACUGCAUCUCGGCUCUUAUUCAGCUCAACCACACGCGCCGCGGGCCCGCCUUGGAGGACUGUGAUUGCGCGCAAGACGAGAACUGCAAGUCCACCAAGCGCGCCAUUGAGCCGUGCCUGCCCCGGACGAGCGGCGGUGGCGCGGGCGGCCCGGGCGCGGGCGGGGUCAUGGGCUGCACCGAGGCCCGGCGGCGCUGCGACCGCGACAGCCGCUGCAACCUGGCGCUCAGCCGCUACCUGACCUACUGCGGGAAGCUCUUCAACGGGCUGCGCUGCACCGACGAGUGCCGCACGGUCAUCGAGGACAUGCUGGCCGUGCCCAAGGCGGCGCUGCUCAACGACUGUGUGUGCGACGGCCUGGAGCGGCCCAUCUGCGAGUCGGUCAAAGAGAACAUGGCCCGCCUGUGCUUCGGCGCCGAGCUGGGCAACGGCCCGGGCAGCAGCGGCUCGGACGGGGGCCUGGACGACUACUACGACGAGGAGUACGACGACGAGCAGCGCGCCGGGGGCGCGGGCGGCGAGCAGCCGCUGGACGACGACGACGGCGUCCCGCACCCUCCGCGCCCGGGCGGCGGCGCUGCUGCGGCGGGCGGCCGCGGAGACUUGCCCUACGGGUCCGGGCGCAGGAGCAGCAGCAGCGGCUGCCGCUCGGCGCCCCGAGGCGCCUGGACCCCGCUCGCCUCCAUCUUGCUGCCGCUGCUGCUCCCGCUGCUCUUUUAACCCUCGCGCCCCGCGCCGUCGGCCACGGGAGGGUCGGCGCCGGGGCACCUGUGGCUCGGGGACAGACGGGUGGUCGGGGGUAUUUUCCAAAACGU